AUGAAUGGAGAUUUAGUUGAAUUAAAUAAUGUAAAUUUGUUUUAAUUCUUUUUAUUAGAGAAAUCUUGUCAUUUCUAGAACAUAAAUUGAUAAUCAUACUAAAGUUUAAUACAAAUAAGAAAAAUUAGUCAUUAAUGAUAAAAUAGUGUUGAACAAUUUUAAUAAGUUAUUUAUUAAUCGAUUAGAUUAUGCAAUCAAAAAUUAUGAAAUUAGAUUAUAAUAGGCAAUCUAACAAUUUAUAUGUAAUAGACAAGAAAUACUAAAAAUUAAUUAAACUGAUAAAAAAUUAGUUACAAGAUAUCUAUGGAUCAAUGAUAAUUAUUCAGAAAUUAGAUAUUCUGAUGCUCCUUUGACUAAAAAUUUCAAAAAAAGUAUCUUUAUACAAAUUUUUAGUACCAAUAAAUGAAAUUUCAUUUUAAUAUCACCAAUUUGAUGAUAAAGUUAUGAAAGCACUCAAAAAAUAUGAUCUUUAACCUGAAUAUUUGUUGUCAAUUACUCAUAAAAAGAAAUAACUUUCUGUUGUGUUUCUCUCAUUUAGAAAAUUAAGUUCUUUCAUUUUACUUUGCAAUUGGAUUCUUAAAUCUAGAGAAAUGCCAUAAAUAGAAUUUACAGCACUGCAAUUCCUCAAAUUCAAAUUAUAAUAUGCUGCUCAAUAAUAAGGUUUACCAAUUAAAAAAUACUUACUUAUUUAGUUAAACAGAAUUAGAACAUAAUUAACUUUAAAAAGUAUAAUAUAAACAUUAAUACUUUAGAUUUAAAAGACAAAAAUUCUUAAGUAUUAGAAUCAGGUUAAUCUUCAGAAAAAAAGAAAUGGUCAGUAUAAUUAACUAUAAAAAAAUCUAAAUAAGAUAGUCUGGAAAAAGAAAAUAUUAAUAAAAAAAUUACUUUUUCUUGA